UGUCCGUACUCCAAGCCCUAAGCAGCACAGGAGGUGAGCUGUGGGGAGACUAGAGCAGAGUCAGACCCUGAAAGCUGCGCAGAGGCUAAGCAACCCAACAAGGCAGGUGAACUGGCCGCUGAGAGAAGAAUCGGGUGGAGCAGAGAGCAGUUGCUGCAGGGCAGACAGCCAGGACCCCCAAAUCUGCACGUACCAGCAGUCAGCCGCCCCACGCAGGGACCGGCUUACCCCUCGCUCCCCGCCCUCACUCACUUUCUCCCGCCCUCGGCCCGGCCUCCCAGCUCUCUACUUUGCGUGUCUACAAACUCAACUCCCAGUUUCCGUGCCUCUCCACCGCUCGAGUUCUCUACUCCCCAUAUCCGAGGGGCCCCUCCCAGCAUCUACCUCCCUCCCAACCUCGGGGGACCUAGCCAAGCUAGGGGGGACUGGAUCCGACGGGUGGAGCAGCCAGGUGAGCCCCGAAAGGUGGGGCGGGGCAGGGGCGCUCCCAGCCCCACCCCGGGAUCUGGUGACGCUGGGGCUGGAAUUUGACACCGGACGGCUGCGGCGGCGGGCAGGAGGCUGCUGAGGGAUGGAGUUGGGCCCGGCCCCCAGACAAGGCCCGCGGGCUCCGCCAGCAGCAGGUCCCUCGGGCCCCAGCCCUCGCUGCCACCCGGGCCUGGAGCCUCACACCCGAGGGUACAGACUGGCUGCCAAGGCCACACUUUUGGCUAAAAGAGGCACUGCCAGGUGCACAGUCCUGGGCAUGCGCCGUUUGAGCUUCGGGGGAAAGCCCAGCACUGGUCCCCGGAAAGGUGCCUAGAAGAACACGGUGCAGGACCCCGUGCUGCCUCAAGAGGAGGGUGGGGGAACAGCUCAACAAAGGCUGAUGGGCGCUCCUGGUGUUGAUAGAGAUGGAACUUGGACUUGGAGGCCUCUCCGCGCUGUCCCACUGCCCCUGGCCUAGGCGGCAGGCUCCACUUGGUCUCUCCGCGCAGCCUGCCCUGUGGCCCACCCUGGCCGCUCUGGCUCUGCUGAGCAGCGUCGCAGAGGCCUCCCUGGGCCCCGCGCCCCGCAGCCCUGCCCCCCGCGAAGGCCCCGCGCCUGUCCUGGCGUCCCCCGCCGGCCACCUGCCGGGAGGACGCACGACCCGCUGGUGCAGUGGAAGAGCCCGGCGGCCGCCGCCGCAGCCUUCUCGGCCUGCGCCCCCGCCGCCCGCGCCCCCAUCUGCUCCUCCCCGCGGGAGCCGCGCGGCGCGGGCUGGGGGCCCGGGCAGCCACGUUCGGGCAGCGGGGGCGCGGGGCUGCCGCCUGCGCUCGCAGCUGGUGCCGGUGCGCGCGCUCGGCCUGGGCCACCGCUCGGACGAGCUGGUGCGUUUCCGCUUCUGCAGCGGCUCCUGCCGCCGCGCGCGCUCUCCACACGACCUCAGCCUGGCCAGCCUACUGGGCGCCGGGGCCCUGCGACCGCCCCCGGGUUCCCGGCCCGUCAGCCAGCCCUGCUGCCGACCCACGCGCUACGAAGCAGUCUCCUUCAUGGACGUCAACAGCACCUGGAGAACCGUGGACCGCCUCUCGGCCACCGCCUGCGGCUGCCUGGGCUGAGGGCUCGCUCCAGGGCUUUGCAGACUGGACCCUUACCGGUGGCUCUUCCUGCCUGGGACCCUCCCGCAGAGUCCCACUAGCCAGCGGCCUCAGCAGGGACGGAGGCCUCAGAGCUGAGAGGCCCCUGCCGCUGAGUGAUGGACAUCAUCCCCGGAGAGGUGAAGGGACAACUGACUGGCAGUCCCAGAGCCCUCACCCUGCGGAUCCCAGCCUAAAAGACAUCAGAGACCUCAGCUAUGGCGCCCUUCGGACCCACUUCUCACAGACUCUGGCACUGGCCAGGCCUCGAACCUGGGACCCCUCCUCUGAUGAACUCUACGGUGGCUGAGGCAUCAGCCCCUGCCCAGGCCCUGUAGGGACAGCAUUUGAAGGACACAUAUUGCAGUUGCUUGGCUGAAAGUGCCUGUGCUGGAACUGGCCUGUACUCACUCGUGGGAGCUGGCCCCUAUUUAUUAUUUCUAAGUUAUUUAUUUAC